AUGGAGGAGGAAAAGAGCAAAGAGCCGACACCAACAGAGGAUUCUAAACCAUCAAUAUCCAAUUACAAUAAUCAUAAUCAAACCAUGAUGAUCAUCAAUCAACAAAUCUGCAACACCAACACCUUAUUCGAUGAUCAUCUUAGCUUCAUGGACGGUCACGAUUUCGCCUGCCCUUCUUCUGCAUUCGACGAUUUUUUCCUGCCGCCGCCGCCGCCGCCGGAGAGCUCCGAGAUGGCCGCCACCCCCAACGCCUCCUCCAUCUCCUCCUCCUCCGCCGAGGCUGCUGCCAACGAUGACCGGAAAAGGAUCAAUCGAGCUGAUGAGGAUGAGGAAGAAGAAGCAAAUAAUGAAGACAAGAGUAAGAAAGUAUUGAAACCAAAAAAGAAAAAUCAGAAAAGGCAAAGAGAACCAAGAUUUGCUUUCAUGACAAAGAGUGAGAUCGAUCAUUUGGACGAUGGGUAUCGAUGGAGAAAGUACGGCCAAAAAGCUGUGAAAAACAGCCCUUUUCCCAGGAGCUACUAUCGUUGCACUAGUCCAGCAUGUGGUGUGAAGAAGAGAGUGGAGAGAUCUUCCGAAGAUCCAUCAAUUGUUGUCACAACCUACGAAGGCACGCACACUCACUCCUGUCCCAUCACGCCACGUGGCGCUGUCGGCUUCGGCAUUUCCCCGGUCGAAGCCCCCUCCCCCGCCCCCGCCUUCCACAGGGGUGGCGCUUCGUCGUCCCUUUUCGCCAUGCCUCAAAUUCAUCACUAUCCGCACCAACAACAACAACAGCAACAGCAACCGCGACGACCGUAUUUUACAAACUUGACACAAGCAUCACCUUUGAGUUUUGGGAAUAGUACUAAUUCUAGGGUUCCACCUCCAUUUUUGCCAUCAUCAACAAGUAGUGGAUUGAGAGAUCAUGGUCUCCUUCAAGACAUGCUGCCAUCUGAGAUGUUGAAGGAGCCAAAAGGGGAGUAGAGAGUAAGUUUUUUUAUUUUCUUUUAGUUGGUAGAAUAUUUCAUAUUUUCAUUUUGUCAUAUUUAUUAGCUAACUAGCUUUGGAAUUUUGGGGUUUGCUUUUAUGUGUGAAUCCCAUUUUAUAGACUAGCUCUAUUGAUCAUGUAAAAUUAUUUCACUAGUUUUGUCUAGGAGGGAUUAGUUCUUUUGUUUGUUAUUGUAUUUAUACUUUAAUUUCAUCUACAUAUGGAUAGUUUUUUAAUUUAAGUUAUAUGAAACACCCUUUGUGAAUGGGGAAUCA